AUGGCAUAUGCGCAUACAUACUUUCUUGACUCCGAAGAUCCUGAAUUUACGGAUGUUAUUGAUAAUAUCACAGUGCCAGCGGGCCGGAAUGUCAAAUUGGCAUGCUCCGUUAAGAAUUUGGGUUCAUAUAAGGUGGCGUGGAUGCAUUUCGAGCAAUCAGCCAUAUUGACCGUUCACAAUCACGUGAUCACGCGUAAUCCACGCAUUAGUGUCACACAUGACAAGCAUGACAAACACCGUACAUGGUUCCUGCAUAUCAAUAACAUACAGGAGGAGGACAAGGGGCGUUAUAUGUGUCAAAUAAAUACGGUGACAGCGAAGACGCAGUACGGCUUCGUCAAAGUUGUUGUUCCGCCCAACAUCGAUGAUGCCCUCACCUCCAGUGACGUCAUUGUGCGCGAAGGUGACAAUGUGACGUUGCGGUGCAAGGCGAAAGGUAGCCCGGAGCCAUCAAUUAGAUGGAAACGAGAUGAUGGCAAUAAAAUUGUAAUCAACAAAACGAUGGAAGCGGUUGAGGUGGACGGCGAGGCUUUGGAGCUGGAGCGCAUCUCUCGCCUCCACAUGGGCGCCUAUUUGUGCAUUGCCACCAACGGUGUGCCGCCCAGUGUCUCGAAGCGCAUUAAAGUGAGCGUUGAUUUUUCCCCUAUGGUUUGGAUUCCCCAUCAACUGGUUGGGAUUCCCAUGUACUUCAAUGUCACCCUGGAGUGUUUCAUCGAAGCCAAUCCCACUUCGUUGAAUUACUGGACGCGUGAGAACGAUCAGAUGAUUACAGAGUCUUCAAAGUACAAAACCGAAACACUGCCUGGGAAUCCCUCUUACAAAGCAACUAUGCGCCUGAUUAUAACAAAUGUGCAGAAGAGCGAUUACGGCAGCUAUAAGUGUGUGGCCAAAAAUCCACGUGGUGAAAUGGAUGGAACUAUAAAACUUUACAUGUCCAGUCCGCCAACAACGCUGCCGCCGCCAACCACGACCACAACACGUCGCACCACAAUAGCACCAGCCUGGGAUGUUUUCAGUACGCCAAUUUAUGGCAUGAUGCCAACAAAUUCGGUGAUUGUCAUCGAUAAAUUGGGCACGAAGUACCAAUCAAAUCUGAAUGAGAUUGGCAAAUCCGAACAAAAGCUAACUGGCGAAAAUCCAAAGGGAUAUGACUGGUCAAAGGAUAAAAGUGCGGCAGCAAGAACGCAAUUGUGGCUGCAACAUGCUUGUUGCAACAACAAACAUCACAUGCAACAAAUAUGUUGUAAUUAUGAAAUGCUAAUUGCGUUUGUCGGUGUGCUGGCAACGACGUGGCUGCAUUCAACACUGAUCACUGCAACAUUACCAAAAACAGCAACAACAUCAGCAAAAGUACCGGCAAGAGCAACGAAUAUGAAAACUGCCAAUGCAGCAACAAAAGUAGUAUUAAGUGCAAAAAAUUACAAAACAAUACGAAAAGAGCUUACAAUGGAGAAUGCGCUCACGCAUACACCAAUACACAUGCACAAUGAUACGUGUAGUAUAAGCAUAGCAUACACAUAGGCGUAAGAGCUUAUUUUCGGUUGCAUGUAGCGGAAAAUCAAAGUCCAACCACAACUCACUAACAAGAAAACACACACACACAUACACAUACAACUAAUUAAAAAUAUAAGUUUCGCAUAUCUUUUUGUUGCAUAUUGGCGAAUUUUCACAAAUGAAGGUAAAUGUAAGAAAAAACUGUAAGUAGGGAAUACAUUUUUAUUUUUACUUUUGUAUUAAUUUUCAUUUCCACAUAGCAAAGGCUUUCGAUAUUGCAUGACUACUCUUUAGGUUGCUAUUAUUAUAAUUAAUUAUUUAUCCUUUGCUUGUAUUUAUGUAAUACUAAGUAUUUACAUUUUUCGCGCUACACCACUUUCGCAUUCAGUUGAUGAAAUUAAUCAGACUCUCACACACAGCCACACACAUUUAAUGACCUACAAUGCCAAAAAACAAAUGUGCCAAUUGUUUCAAAUAGACAACAACAACAAUAUGAACGAAUUAUGCUAAAACAAUUUGCUGUAAAUAGUAUAAAGUAUAUCCAUUAUAUGCAUAUGUAACAUA